AUGUACGGCCAAACUGAACAUUGCAUCGACUCCAAGAUGGCGUUAACACGUCUGGCUUGCAUUCUGGUCCUGCUCUCAACUCACUGCUACUUCAACGUAUUGGCAGUAAUACUGAAAACAACGAAUGAUGCGCCAUGGGCCAACGAGUUUGAAUCUAUCGAAUUGUCCUGUUUGAUAGAGUCCAUCUCCACAAAAAACCCAAGAAUCGAAUGGAAGAAAAUUAAGGAUGGGGAGCCCAGUUAUGUCUAUUUUGAGAAGAAAAUCUCAGGAGAUUUGGAGGGCAGAGCAAUGAUCAGAGAGCCUGCGACAUUGGUGAUAACCAACGCCACAAGAUCAGACUCCGCCAGUUACCGUUGCGAGGUCAGCGCCCAGACUGACCUUAAAUCCUUUGAUGAGAUUUUGAUCAACCUCGUCGUAAGAGUGAAGCCAGUGGUGCCGAAAUGUGCUGUCCCCAAAUCGGUGCCUGUAGGGACGGCUGCAGAGCUGCGAUGCGUGGAGGAUCAAGGUUUCCCCAAGUCUCAGUACCAAUGGUUCCGCAACAAGGAGGAAAUCCCAGAUGACCCCAAGACCAGCCCUAAGUUCAUCAACUCCUCCUACACGCUCAACGCCGAAACAGGCACCCUGAAAUUCAGUGCUGUCAGAAUGAACGACUCAGCAGAGUACUUCUGCCGAGCAAAGAACGACGCGGGCCACUCAGAGUGUGGACCGCAGACAAUGGAAAUCUAUGAUAUCAAUAUUGCCAGGAUCAUCCUGGGAGUGCUGGUGGUGGUGCUAUUGUGCAUAACAGUGGGCCUCUGCUUUGCGUACAAGCGUGGCUACUUCGCCAGCCAGAAACAGACUGUAAACAAUUACAAAGCACCAGCCAAAGGAGAAGGGGUGGACUACGUCAGAGCCGAGGACGAGGGCGACUUCCGACACAAAUCUUCGUUUGUCAUCUGAAGAGAAAGACGAAGGGCAUGGAAGUGAAAGGUGUGGUACUUUGGACGGAACUCAUUAAGUGUGUGAGAUGACCAGUGAGCUGCCACGUGCCUUGAGCUCUCAGCAUGUCUGAAAUGAUUCAAGUUUGCCAAAGAUGACAAGUUUUCACAUCUAUAUAGAACUGUUAACCAUUGUUACAGACAAGUUUUCACAUCUAUAUAGAACUGUUAACCAUUGUUACAGACAAGUUUUCACAUCUAUAUAGAACUGUUAACCAUUGUUACAGACAAGUUUUCACAUCUAUAUAGAACUGUUAACCAUUGUUACAGACAAGUUUUGAAACCAACUUGUUGACCGCUUUCAUCACCAAUCAACUUAUUUAGCUAAAUUAUGGAGUUAAGUUAGUUAUUGCAUGUUUUAAAAGGUAUUUAACAUCACCUGCGGGAGGGGGGGGGGGGGCAUUUAUGUAAGAUCUUCUGCUAGAAGGGAAAAAAGUAUUUAGCUAAGUUCUGAAGUAAAUCUAACAUAACACAUUUCUACUGUAAACAUUUGCUUCAAAAACCUUUGUCAUUUCUAACUUUUCUUUUCUACCAGCAAAAUGUCAUACUAUUUUUGAUGGAAUAUAUUUUGAAACGCCUAUAGAUAAAGGUUUACUUUUUUAAAUAUUUGUAAAAUACUAACCGUUUUUUUAUUUGGUUUUGGGAAAAAAAUCUAGGUUUCAACCACUCAAUAUUCAGCUGUAAACAGUCACCUUUCCUGAUCAUGAAAAAAAAAUGUAAUUACAAAACCUAGCAUAUCAAUUUUUUCCUCUAGAAUUGUCUUAGAUAUUUUAUUUACUGCUGGGAUUUCCAUGUUAAUAUUGAAAGAAAGUUACAUGUUGAUGUUUGUAUUGUAGAUAUAGUCUUAGACAGUAGGAGGCUUCAAAGAGUACCAGCCAAAAGCUAGGAAACACUGUACACAAUCAGUGGUGCAUAUCCUUGAUUUUAAGUGUCCUUCUGUGCUUUCUGUUUAUCUUGUAUAUUUUGAAUAUACUGUCCAGGUUGGGUUUUUUGCUGUAUGUCAGGAAUAUGUUCAGUAUUUGUAAUAAUACAGGGUUGAUGUUGGCUAACAAUUGUACUGAUUGUAUAUAGAUAAUAGUUUGUUCCCUCCCACCAAUCGAGACUAUGGUGAAAAACAUUGGUAGUUUUAUAUCUGAUUAUUCUCCAAAAGGAGGCAAUAUGAAACUCUUUCCAUGGUUUGAAAAAUACAUGGUCAUGGUAGAGCUGAUCUGCCUAAUGUUUGCACAUAGGAAGAUAUCAAUACUGUUCAAUCAUCUCUACUCCAGGCAAAAAUAACUGAAUAACUGAAUUUGAAAUAGAAAAUUGAAGUAAACGACUUAGAGAAAUGGUAUUUGACAUUUUCCCAAAUUCAUUUCAGACAUUUCCAAGAGUUACAAAACAUUCUGAGAUACAUACACAACAAUUGCCUGAUACACAAAUAGUUUUUCACAAAACAGGUACUGAAGUUUUUUAUUUGUACAUUGAUAAAGAUCAUUCCUUUUAAGUGCCUUCUGCCAUUACAACAAUAGAUCAGCUUCAACACUUUCUUUUAACAAAAACCUUAAUAGCAUUUUUAACUCUACAGAGUUUGAGAGGAAUGAUGACAUUGCCACCUAUUCUUAAGACAAAAAUAGUGUCACAUUUUCCCACCCAAAUAAUUUGUACAUAUCUGCUUUGCUUUGUAAAUAGAUUCUCGUUUUACAUUCUUUGAAGGAUUAAACUCGUUUCCAUUGGAGUAGAAAUAGAGAUGUAUUAGUGCCUAAAUAUAGUGGGAAUUAUUUUUGGUAAAGAGUAAAGACACAGCACUAGUACACAAAUUGAAGAACAUGUACAAAGUUUAACAGACUAAAUGGAUGGAGAAACACAAAAGCAUGUGGCCUACAUUUACCGUAAAGCCAGAAAAUACCUGAAACUUCCAAGGCAUUGAAAAUAGAUGUUAUUUACAAGCCCUUUCUUUAAAACCUACAAUUUAGUUGUAAAUACACAGUGAAAGAUGUAUUCCAAUACAUGUUCUGUGGUUGGGGCUAGCUUAGCCAAAUACUAACUGCCAAUCACGUUUCCUCCAAUCCAAAGACCAUGAGGUUCCAUCUAUCCAGUGUUGAAAAUCUUCCUCUAAUUUCUUCAAUCCUGGAGGUUGGCAUUGAAUUCAUAUCAAGGGUCAAGCUUUUCAAGUGUUCACAUGUUUAAUUUAUUGAUGACAUUUUCUGAACCAAACUCAUGUAACACCCAUCUCAGGCCAGGUACAAAUACUCUGAGAAUUCUUAAACCGUAUGUCUAUGAAUAAUAAAACUCACUUCUAAUA